CAAAUAAUUGAGUCUCAAAUUUCUUAAACGUAGCAACUACUGCUGACAAACCAAAAUUGUGAAUACUUCGUAAAACCCACAGAAACACUUUCAAAUUAUUUGCGCUCAGUCAACGAAUUUAUGUGAACAAUUGAAAACCAUCGCAAUGGACACGCUGCCGGAUGAGUAUGUGGCCAAGCUAGAUCUAAAGCACUUGGAGGAAAAGAAGAUGGCGCGUUCCUCCCGGCGACGUCAUGACCACGAAGCCCUGGCUGCCGCCCAUGUGGUGGUGGCCACCAUGGCUGGCAAGCCAAAGCCUCCAAAGCCAGAGUCCAAAAAGCUGCGAAAGAAGCUCACCGAAUGCGAGCAGGAGAACCAGUCGCUGUCCCAAACCAUUCAGGACAAGAAUCAGGAGAUUUUCGCUCUCAAGAAGUCCGUGGAUUCCCUCAAUGAUGUCCUCAAUUCGGUGCCCAUCGAUGAGCUGCGCAGCAACUCCUCCAUUGCCAGUACCAAAAUCUUGGAGUUGAGCAAGAAGAAUCGCCAGAUGCGCGCCGAAUUGGAGCAGGCGAAGGUUCGCCUGGCCAAAAAGGAUGCCCAGAUCGAGAAGAUGGAGAAGGAUAUGCAAUCCCACGGGGAGAAGCAGCAGCACAGCCAAGAUACGCCGAAGAAGGGCGGUUCCUCCGACGAUCUCCAGGCCAAGAUUAACAACAUGCAGCAGAAGCUGUUCGAGACCCGCAACAGAAACACCGAGCUGCAGAAUCAACUGAAGCUGGCGCAAAAGUGCCUGCAGCACGAGAUCGGCGAGAGCUGCAACAUCAACAUACUGGCCAAUAAUCUCAACCAGGCCAACUGGCGCGGUCGUGCCCAGCAGAUCAUCACACUCACCCAAAAGGUGCAGGAACUCAAAGCUCGCUUGGAAUCCUACGAGGACAGGGCUGUAGAUCGUGCAGAGUACGCACCAGUUGCGCUGGGAUCGAAUCUGGAUUUGGUGGGCGGACGAUCCCAUCACUCCAGCUCUGAGAGAUUGGGUGGUGGCGAUGGUGGUGCUGCAGCUGCCUCCUUCGAUCGCUUCACUCCGGGAGUGCGUAAGAGUGAGAUACUCCACCGGGCAAAGGUGGAGUCCUUGGAGAAGGAGAUCGCCAAUCUGCAAACCCAGUUGGAGGAGCAGCGCAGCAAGAAUCUCGCUUUGAAGGUGAGGAACAAGAACCUGAACGAGGACAUGAACAAGUACAAGAUGCGUUUCAAUGAGCUCGAGGAGCAGACCGAUUACAAUGGCGUCAAUAUAAACACCAUGAAUGAUAAACUGAAUCGCCAGCGGAUUCAGUACGAAGGCCGACUGGAUGACAUGCGUGCUGAAUUGAUCCGGGUGACCGAGGAGAGGGAUCUGUCGCGUCGGCAAAUGGAGGAGCUGAGUGGCAUGCACCUGGAAACGCAGUCGGUGGUCAAACAGAAGGACGUGGCCAUUGCCAGUCUGCAGGAUAUGAUCAAGAAGCUCGAGUUGGAUCUGCGCGCCCUCUCCGGCGGAUUCCUCUUCUCCUGUCGCGAGUUUCGAAAGGAAGAAUUUGUGGGCAUCCUGGAUGCCCUCGAAGUAGAGAAAAAUCAACUUAUGCUGCUAACCAAAAGUCUGGGAGAACGUCUGGAGACGGAGCGCACCAAGAACGAGGCUGCCCAUGAUCAGAUUGGGAAGUUGAAGACGCGGAUCAGCCGCAUGGAGGUGAAGAUCAGGGAUCUGGAGAAGGAGCUCGAUGUGCAGUCCGACAAGAAGAAGCGCACCCAGCGAAUGGCCGACUACGCCAGUUCGCUGAGUCGCACUUCUCUUAACGGAUCGAUCGGUUCCUUCAGCUUCGAGAACCAGUCGCAAUACCAGUCGGUCACCACUCUCAAUUCGACCGGACAGCCUGAGCUCAGAAUAGAGGAACUUAAGAACAAUCUGGAACUGGCUAAGGAGAAGAUCACCAUGUUGACGGAGAAGCUGGAAUAUAUCACCGAGGAGAAGCGCGCAGAUGCCAAGCUUUUCGAGGAGACACUGAACAACUCAAAGACCAUUAUCCUGGACACCAUACUGGCUGCCCGCGAAGGAAGUACCAGUACCAGUGAUAAACAUCCUGAUCAAACCACAAGCGAGAGCUCUAUCCCAUAAUUGGAUUGGGUAAACAUGAUUUGUAUUUUGAUUAAUUUUUAUGUUUCAUCCUAUGCGGCAAACAUACCAAUCAAUACCCUAUUUAAAGUAAAUCGUUAUUAAAUUUGAAUGGCAUGAAAA